CCCAAAGGAUUACAAAAUAAAAGAGCAAAAAUUAUUUAUGUGCUUAGAAAUCCAAAGGAUGUCUUAGUUUCUAGUUACCAUUUUCACAUAAUGUCAGUCAAAAUAAAGACUCCAAAAGACUUUGAUACAUUCUUGGAGAGGUUUUUGGCUGGCAAAGUGUUUUGUAAUUCGUGGCUAGACCACGUAGAAGGCUGGUACUCUCAUAAGAGUGAUUUCAAUAUACUCUUUCUGUCUUAUGAAGAAAUGAAAAAGGAUCUGAAAAGUUCUGUACUGAAAAUAUGCAACUUCCUAGGGAAAAAACUAACUGAAAAGGAGGUGGAUGAUGUGGUGGAUAAAGCUACAUUUGAUAACAUGAAAGCGGAUUCUAGAGCAAACUACACAUUUAUGUCUCCCGAUAUACUAGAUUUCAGCAAAGGAAAUUUUCUUCGCAAAGGUAGAUCAGGAAUAAUUCAUACUCUGGAGUUAUGCUUUUGGAAUGUGCCAGGCUUCAUCUGAAACCAGGUUCCCACCUUCAUCUGGAAGGCACCUUCUAAAGUGAUAUGGACCUGUCCCAACAGGCUCUCUUUCUGCUGUCUCUCCAUGAUGUUGUGUUUGCCUCAUCAGCAGCCAACGUUUGAGGCCGCCGUAACUAAGCCUUCCUUAGUUGUGCCAAUCUUAAAGUGGUGUUCUCUUUUUCACAACAAAUCUCAGGCACGGAUAUAAUCUGACCUGUUUCAAUUAUCAUUCUGUUGGUUGUACAGUCUAAUGAUCCUUUGGGUGCGGGAUUGUUUUAGCUCAUAGUGACCACUUUAAGAUGGUGGAGACACAACUUCUUCUUUCUCUAUCUUGGGUACUCUGCUCCACCAGGAUGGGGUAGGUCAUAUGGUUAGGAUGCUGGGUUGAAAGCUAGCAAGCCCAUGUUU